CUCUAAUGGAAGGGCACCGUUACAAAAGCCCAAGCCCAUACAGUGUCACCAAAGGAUGGCGGGAAAAUUGUCAGAGAAGAAUCCCCAGGAUUUCAGUAUAGGGUUUACUGGAGGAGUUCGUGGUGAGGAUUUGCAUUUGAUCACCGAGGGAGUGAUACUGUGGAAAGGAAGAUGCCGAUAUACAAUUUAAGAGGAAUCAAUGUGGAUUUUCCAUACGAGGCGUACGAUUGCCAGCUCGUUUAUAUGGAGAAAGUGAUUGAAUCGCUUCAAAAUAAAACUAAUGCAUUACUGGAGAGCCCAACUGGAACUGGGAAAACCCUGUGUCUUCUUUGUGCUACUUUGGCUUGGAGGAAGAGUCUAGGUGAAUUCUCUAGAGGUAGAGUUCAAAGGAGUGAAAGGAGUGAGAGAAAUGGUAGAGGUGGACGAAACGAUGAUGCUGAUGAUCCGGAGGAUUUAAGUCAGCCGUUCAAGGGUUCACAAUCUUCCGGGUUGCCUACCAUAGUGUACACAUCACGCACCCACAGUCAGAUUCGCCAAGUGAUUCAAGAGCUAAAAAGGACUAAUUACAGGCCUAAAAUGGUAGUGUUAGGAUCUCGGGAGCAAUUAUGCAUCCAUGAAGAUGUUCGCGUACUACGUGGGAAAGCACAGACAAAUGCUUGCCAUUUAUUAUGUAAAAAACGCCGCAAACGCUAUUGUUCCCAUUUUUCUCGAGUUACAGAGUACUUGAGUAUGAACCCUGGUCUCGGUGAUGAACCUAUUGACAUAGAGGAUUUGGUCAAUAUUGGACGCAGUUCUGGACCGUGCCCUUACUAUUUGUCAAGAGAUCUCCACAAGAGUGUUGACAUCUUAUUUGCACCUUACAAUUACCUUAUUGAUCGAGGAAACAGAAAAACUUUGAAAAUUGCAUGGGAUAAUAGUGUUCUAAUCUUUGAUGAAGCACACAACUUGGAAGGAUUGUGUGCUGAUGCAGCCUCUUUUGACCUCCCAGAGAGCCUUCUUGAUGCUUGCAUAGCGGAAGCAGAAGACUGCAUAGCGCUUUCAGAUAGGAGGGAUAACUCAAAUGACAAAUCCUGCAAACCAGAAGAUUUUAAAUUGCUGAAAGGACUUCUUCGGAUACUUAAGGAGAAAGUUGCUCAAAUACCUAUACAAUCCAAAGAAUUGGGGUUCACGAAGACCGGGCCUUACAUUUACGAGUUAUUAUCUGAAUUAAACAUCACACCGGACACUGCAACAGUGCUCAUUGAUACGAUUGAUCAGGCCACAAUAUUAAUUGAGGAAGGUUCAAAUAGUACCAAGGAUGGGGAAAGGGGACCAGAUAAGGCAGAGGGUACCAUCUGUAGAUUAGAAAGUAUGGGCGACAUUCUCAGAUUAAUAUUCAGAGACGAUAACAGUCAUGCAAAAUACUACCGUGUUCAUGUUCGGGAAGUGGAAGGAAAAUCAUUUGAUGGCUUAAAAGGUAACAAGUCAAGAGUUCUUAGCUGGUGGUGUUUUAAUCCUGGAAUUGCCAUGGAAGAAUUUGCCAAGCUUGGUGUUGCAUCUAUUAUUUUGACAUCUGGCACGCUGUCACCUUUGGAUUCAUUUGCCGAGGAGUUGAAAUUGGAGUUUCCCAUUCGUCUGGAGAAUCCUCAUGUUAUAUCAGAAAACCAGAUAUGGGCUGGAGUAGUACCAACUGGUCCUUCUGGCUACACUUUAAAUUCUUCCUUCCGGAGUCGAGAUUCGUUGGAAUACAAACAAGACCUAGGCAAUGCCAUUGUCAAUUUCGCUCGAAUCGUGCCAGAUGGACUUCUUGUAUUUUUUCCGUCUUAUUACCUGUUGGACCGAUGCAUUGAUUGCUGGAAGACUGUGAGCAAUGCAAACUCACCAAACUCGUGUACAAUAUGGGAAAGAAUAUGCAAGCAUAAGCUGCCCGUAGUUGAACCUAGACAAUCAUCGCUUUUCCCAUUGUCCAUUGAAGAUUACAUGACUAAGCUAAAAGAUAAAUCUGCUUCUGGGGCUGUAUUUUUUGCUGUAUGUCGUGGCAAGGUGAGCGAGGGGCUAGAUUUUGCUGAUCAUGCUGGCAGAGCUGUUAUUGUCACGGGUUUGCCAUUUGCAACAAGGACUGAUCCUAAGGUUCGUCUCAAACGCGAAUUUUUGGAUGAGAGUGCACGGUUGCAACCUUCAGGUCGCAAGGUCCUGACUGGAGAAGAGUGGUACAGCCAGCAAGCAUCUCGGGCUGUAAAUCAAUCUGUUGGUCGAGUCAUUCGUCAUCGACAUGAUUAUGGAGCUAUUAUCUUUUGUGAUGAAAGGUUCUUGAGUUCAAAUCGCCAGUCUGAAAUAUCACUUUGGAUACAGCCUCAUAUCAAAAGUUAUUCCAAAUUUGGGGAUAUAGUAUUCAAUCUGACGCGGUUUUUCCGCAAUGGAGGAAAUUGUGGUCCCACAAAGCUGGAAUUGACACGGAAUGACAGCCAAGGAACUGCCACUAUCUUAGAAUGCUCAGGAUCAAAUGAAAUGAGUCAUUCCACGAAGCUUACAGCUAAUCUGGCCACCCAGGAGAGGUGCUCUGACAUGUCGGGGUCUUUUACAAAGAAGAAAGACUGGAACUUUGACCGACUACCCAAAAUAGUUCCUGCUAAUCGCUCUUCUCUAGCAGCAGACAGGCUAGUGCAGGAUAUGAUCUUGAACCGUUCAACUGUUGCAAUAUCAGUUGAGAAAAAUCUGGCAAUCCCUAGGAGUAACAGCGUAACACGCAACUCCUCUGAGAUCACUAAUUUGUCCGAUGAAGAUACUGAAUUGGAUAAAAAAUGCAAGAAAUUGUUCAUGCCUUGCACCUUAAAGAAGCCUCGGUUAGUAAGCACCGCAUCUGAACAACCUUGGAACCUUGAAGAUCUUCAUGAGCCGUCAUCCAUGAUGGGAAAUAGUCACUCGAUAAGUUAUCAAACUGGCUUAUCAAGGAAAGAGAAGUUGACUGAAAGUGGAUGCCAGCAAGUUGAUCAAAAUCACAAAAGGCGGCUAGAUGGUGAAAUCAAAGCACACAACAAGACUAGCACGACUGGGCAGAAAAAUAAGGAAAUGGAGGCUAGACCUGCUACUACUGAUGAGAAAGAGAAAAAAGGAUCAGAAUUUCUGAAACAGGUCCGCGAGAAGCUUACUGAUGCUGAAUACAAAGAAUUUGUGGGCUUCAUGACAGCGUUGAAAUCUAAAGCUAUGAAAGUUCGUCAAGUUUUGCAAUCUAUUGCAAGAUUAUUUUCUCAGCCAGAUCGAGUUCCUCUCCUGGAUAGAUUCAAAAAUUAUGUCCCUGCAAAGUAUCAUACUUUAUAUGAGCAGUGUGUUCAGAUCACUCAGAAGAAUUCUGGACUUGGAAGAGACUCUUCUCAAAGUUCUCGUUGAUACCAUCAGGAAUCCAACCGUUGAAGUUGAAGAGUUCCGUGGCAGAAAGUUUUCGUCCAAAUCAAGUAGAGCGCCAUGCAAAUGCAGUUUCUUGGGGUUUGUGGCAAUAGGGCUGUCAAUUCUAAUAGCUGACUGAUAAGUAAUGAUUUUGGAGGAGUCUCUUAAUAGUGGGAAUGGCUGUUGCAUAGGAGCAACUGUAAAUAUUAAUUAUGAGGCAGAGCCUGUAUAGGCUGCAUUUUGCAACUUAGUGCAGGAAUACAUGUAAGGACGCAACUCUAAAACUUGCAGCUCCCAAAUUGAUCGCAGUAGUAUAUUUGGAAAUAGUUGAUAUAAAUUCGAGCUUUAAGCCUUACAACUUCCAUCCUUGUAUCUGUUUUCGUUUGAUCUGUUCCCAGGUUCGAUGCAAGUCCAAUUCUUGUGUUCGGCUUUUGUUAUUCACGAAAUAAACAGAGGUUGUGCAUAUGUAUACUGUCCUUUUAGAUCCCGGGGUUGUGCCUUUUCUGCUGUCAGUCACCAUUUCACUGGAUUAAUAAGUGUUUGUGGACAAUGUCUGAUUUGAAAAGUUACCAAAAAGAGAGGGGAAAAAAAAAAAGAAAAAGUGACAAUAAUUCAUCUGCAUUCCAAUGAAUUUUAACUAAUAUUCCUCAUCGACCUUCUGCUGGCUUUGGACGGAAAAUUCUGCGGCUGCUUUGCGGGUGCCGGGACAACGCAGCCUGGAUUUUCACGUAAAGUUACUACCAGAUCAACAAAAGCUCGGAGAAUAAACCGGUGUGAUUUCUUAUCAUUCAGAUUCAAGUAGCAAAACAAGAGCUCCUCCAUGAAUACCCAGUUAAUUUUCCCAUUAUGCUGUAACCUUGCAUCGAUCAUUUCCUGCAUGGAGUUCUUAAAAUCGUCAUAUGGGUUGCGAGAAUACGUCAACACCGUGAUGAAAUCAUCAGGGCUCAACUGCUCUGUUUCCGCCUCCCCGCCCCCGCCGGCGGUGGUAGUAGAGGUGGAGCUGACGUCAUCGGAAGUGAUCGAACCAGCGGAAGCAGCCGCUGACGGGGGUGUAUAAACACGGUCAGACGACCGGCGAGGACGAGGAUUGAUUCUCCGAGCAGGCAUCCUCCCUGAAAUGGGAAUGAUUUCAAUGAGGCUUUCUUCUUUUUCCACCUGAUGAUCAUCAUCAAUUCUGGUCUUGAUCAUCAUCUCUGUAACGUCUUGGACUUCCUCUUCUUCUUGAUUUUCGUAAAGGGUUUUGAAAUUCUCGGACAGAAAACGAUCUACAUCUGCUAAUGUAGCUGCCCCUGCAUCAUGAUCAGAAGUAGCGUUACUGUGUUGCAUGGUUUCUUUUCCGUUGUUCUUGUUUUGAUCAGAUGAUGAUGAAAAAGAUGGAGUCCUGGGGUGCUUGCAUCCUCUUAAAAUCCAGCUAGUUGAUGAAGAAAUGGAUCUUGGUGUUGGUGGGUAUUGAUUCUGUGAAUUGGGUUUCUGCUUCAUCUUUGAGAUGUAAUCUUGAAGAGAUUUUUGAAUUUGGUUUGGCAUCUUUUUUUUUUUAUAUAUAUAUAGUGUCAUUAUCUGUUUAUGAGAUUCCAUUCGAUGAAUGGAGUUUAUAUUGAGUGAGAAAAAUUAACGAGAAGUAACGUAAGAUUUUAAAAGUUAAGGUUUGAUCUUUAACGUUUUUGGUUGUACUUCAAUACAACAUUAACAUACUUUUUUGUAAUGUAAGACUUCAAUGAUGCAAUUAAAGCUGAGUGGCUUUCUUUAAAAGUUUGUUUCUUC